AUGAAAUUCGUGUUACUAGCAAUUUUCUUAUUGCUUGUCAUGGCUGGAGAAGAUUAUUAUUAAUUAUUAGGAUUGAAGAGGGGAGCUAGUGAAGCUGAAAUCAAGAAGGCUUUUAAGAAAUAAUCUCUGAAAUACCAUCCAGAUAAAAAUAAAGGUAAUGAAGAGAAGGUAAAUUAAUUAUACUUAAUAUUAUUGUGUAGGCUCAGAAAUAAUUUUAAAAAAUAGUAAAUGCUUAUGAAACAUUAAAAGACCCAGAGAAAAAAAAGAUUUAUGAUUAAUAUGGUGAAGAAGGUGUAAAUAAACAUGAACAAUAAUAAUAAUAAUAAGGUGGUGGUGGAGGAGGAUUUCAUAAUUUUUAAGGUGGUUUUGAAGAAAUGUUUUCAUAAUUCUUUAGAGGAGGCAGUGGUGGUGGUGGUAGAUAACAAUUUCAUUUUAAUUUUGGAGGAAAUCAAGGUGGUAGUGGAUUUCGUAAUUAAGAUUUCUAGGAAGAUGGUCAUGCAAAAAAAAAUAAUAUUUUUGAAAAUACAGAUGUUUAUACUCUUGAUAUGAGUAAUCUCUCUAGAUUUUAUAGAAGAGAAGAAGUUUGGGUAAUUUAUUUCUAUUUACCAAAUGGUGAAGGAUAGAAACAUAAAAAAGUUGUAACUGAAUUAGCUGAAAAAUAUGAAGGUAUAUUUAGAGUUGCAGCAAUUGAUUGUGAAGAUGAUGAAGCAUUAUGUGAAGAUGAAUUUUAAGUCAAAAGAUAUCCAUCUAUUUCUAUUUAUGCAUCUCGUCUAUCUGCUGAGCCUAUUAAGUAUAAAGGAAAGUGGGAAGUAAAUGAUUUAGUAAAAGAAGCUGUUGAUUUGAUGGAAGAUUUUGUAAUUAUUUUAAGUGGAUUCAAUUUUUAAGAAUAUAUAGAGAAAUCAAAACCUAAAGUUAUUCUAUUUACAAAUAAAAAAUCAACUCCACCUUUAUUCAAAGCUCUUUCAAAAGAAUUCAAAGGCAAAUUAGAAUUUGCUAUGAUUAGAUAAUCUGAAAGACAAUUAGCAUCUAUUUUUAAGAUUACAGAAUUUCCUAGUUUGAUUGUUGCUUAAAAUGAUUAAGAUUUUAAAGUCUUUGAAUAAGAUUUCAGAAAAGAUGAGAUUGUUAAAUUCUUAAGAUAGUUUGCAUAUGGAUAAAAGAAGGAAUCCUAAUAAAAAGGAAUAUAAAAAUUAAAUGGAUAGAAUUAUGAAUAAUGUAUAAUAAAAGGGAAAGAUUUAUGUUUCAUAUUAUUAAUAAAAGAUGAAUUAGAAUUAGAAUUGAUAUCUAAAAUUCCAAAUAAAUAUAAAAAUGAUAGCAUUUCAUUUUAUUAUGGAUUUUUAAAGUAUUUUAAAUUAUUAUUUAAGGUAAUUGAAAUCUAAAUUUGAAGUAAAUUAAAGUGAAUCAUAUGCUGUAAUUAUAAAACCUAAGCGAUAAACUUAUACUGUUUAGAAUUCAAUAGAAACAAAUGAAAUUAUAGGAUUUAUUGAUGAUGUACUUGGAGGAGGAAGAACAUUCAAGAAAAUGCAUUCUACUUUUAGAAAAGAUGAGUUGUGA